CCAGUUCAGCCCAAGGUGAAAGUUUUCCCCACGAAAUCGGGGUCCCAGCCCCACUCCCACCUGCUGGUUUGCUCAGUGACGGGGUUUUACCCCGGGGGGAUCGAGAUCAAGUGGCUGAAGAACGGGCAGGAGCAGAUGGCCGGGGUGGUGUCCACGGAGCUGCUCCAGAACGGAGACUGGACCUUCCAGAUCCUGGUGAUGCUGGCGAUGAGCCCCCGGUGCGGGGACGUCUACACCUGCCAGGUGGAGCACAUCAGCCUGCGGGACCCCCUCGCCGUGCACUGGGGUAAGAGCCGCUGGGUGUGGGGCAGCCCCUGAGCCCGCAGGGGCAGCCCUCGGGGGAUGGGCCUGGGU